UUUUGCUCCAGAUAAGUAAAUGUUUAUAAAUUGAGUGUCGCGUAAAAAAUUUAACAUUUCGCGCGUUCCGUCAACUGUAAGCGUGCCGCCAUGGAAAAGCACCGGGUCGUGCCAGACGUCGUCGAAGUUGUCCCCGACCAAAUUCUGGAGAUCAAAUACCCCAGCGGCGUGUCGGUCAACCUUGGCAACGAGUUAACCCCGACCCAAGUCAAAGAUGUACCGAGCGUUUCGUGGAAAGCGGACCCGAACGCAUACUACACGUUGAUUUUUACAGAUCCCGACAACAGGCAUCGUGACGUUCCGUACCAGGAAUGGCACCAUUGGCUUGUCGUCAACAUUCCCGGCAACAGUGUUGCCAAGGGCGAGGUCCUGUCCGCCUAUAUCGGAUCCGGACCACCUCAAGGGACUGGUGUCCAUAGAUAUGUCUUCCUCGUCUACAAACAACCAGGCAAAUUGAAAUUCGACGAACCAGUACUCGGAAGGUCGGUGGAAAAACGUGGAAAUUUUUUCGCUACAAAAUUCGCAAACAAGUACAAGCUGGGCCAACCGGUUGCUGGCAAUUUCUACCUCGCCCAGUUCGAUAGCUACGUGCCGCAAUUGUACAAGGAGCUCGGAGCCUAAGCUUUCGAUUCCGAGAGGAUUUUGCAUCUAACGUGACGUAUUUGUUUCCAUCAAUAAAUCCUUACCAAUAA